AAAUAGAGAAUAAAAAACCCAGAGCAAAUUAGAAAAACAGAUUUGAUUUCCUCUCCAGAGUCUCCCAAUGGCAUGUUUGGCAGUAUUACCAGUGUGUGGCCUGAGGCCACUCCCAAGAAUCUUCCCAAAAUCCAGGUAUGAUUCAGUUUCUUUCAGUCCUAGCAGCUUACCCGAACUGAGAAUUUCAAGAACAGCUCUGGGUAGAUGCUCAAUUUCAUUGUCAGUGACCAGAGAGAGGACCUGGGCAUUGAGGGCUUCUUUUGUGAUGAGUCAAGAGGUAGAAGAUGAAGUUUCAUGCUUUGAUCCCGGUGCUUCCCCGCAGUUCAAGCUGUCUGGAAUUAGGGCACCAAUUCCCAAGCAUUGCUGGGUUAAGGACCCUUGGAAGUCAAUGGGCUAUGUGGUUAGGGAUGCUAUGGCUGUGUUUGGAUUGGCAGCUGUGGCUGUUUAUGCCAACAGCUGGUUUGUUUGGCCUAUUUGCUGUUUGCUCAAGGCACCAUUUUCUGGGCUCUUUUUGUUCUUGGCCAUGACUGUGGCCAUGGAGGCUUUUCUAAUCACCCUAAGCUCAACUCUGUAGUUGGGCAUCUCCUUCAUUCUUCAAUUAUUGUCCCUUACCACGGAUGGAGGAUUAGCCAUAGGACUCAUCAUCAAAACCAUGGUCAUGUUGAGAAUGGUGAAUCUUGGCACCCUAUAAAUGAAAAUCUUUACAGUAGUCUGGAUGAUGUUACCCCUGCUUGCAUACCCUAUUUAUCUGUGGGGUAGAAGCCCAGGUAAAAUAGGAUCUCAUUUUGAUCCAAACAGUGAAUUUAUUCCAAAUGAGAAGGAAGAUGUGAUUAACUCAACAAUGAGUUGGGCUGCAAUGGUGGCUGUUCUUGCUGCUUGAUCCUUUGACAUGGGACCUCUCCAAGUGCUCAAACUCUAUGGAAUUCCCUAUUUGGUUUUUGUAAUGUGGCUGGAUUUUGUUACCUAUUUGCACCACCAUGGCCAUGAAGAAAAACUUCCUUGGUAUCGUAGCGAGGAAUGGAGUUACCUUAGGGGUGGUCUUACAAUACUUGACCAUGAUUACGGAGUGAUUAACAGCAUCCACCAUGACAUUGGGACUCAUGUCAUAAUACACCACCUCUUUCCUCAAAUAUGCCAUUAUCAUUUAACAGAAGCUACUGAAGCAGCAAAACCUGUGCU